UGGGGAAGCAACUCAGGCUCAGCUAGUUUCUUAUUUCUUAGAAUUGGGCGAGCUUUUGCGUGAGCAAGAGCUAUUGCUCUCUCCUUAUUGAUAGGACUGUUUAUAAUAAAUGACUUGUUAUAAAACUGACAUAUAUAUGCAAAAUAAUACUACAAUUAAUAUUUUUCUGUGUCAAUAGCUGGAUUAGUAAAUUGUGUAUUAAAUACAUCACAGUGCUUUCACGUAGUAUGCAUUUAUAUAGUAAAAAUGUGUAUACAUUGUUUUCUUAAUACAAUUUUUUAUUAUAUUUCUUUAACAGACGACUAACUUACACUAACAUAGACAAAUACUAACAACAACUAAAACAUCAACUUGAACCUGUGUAAGGCAUUAUUCUGUGUACUGGUAUAUCAAAAGAUUUUUAAAGGAGUGCAUCAACCUCUAAAUGAUAUCGUAUGUGUUUCAACGACAUUGCUGGAGAAUAUUGAAGAUCUUGCUCUUUGUUGUGAGCAGCAUACUUUUUUUGCUGGUGUGGUUUGAAUAUCCAUUACAACAUGAUGCCUUCAAAGGGGAUUCAGAAUUGCAUACAAGGAUAGAUGAAUUAACAGCAAAAUUAAAACGCUGUUCACAUGGAAAUAAUCAAAACAGAAAAAUGCUCGAAAACGAUAGGCCUAAAAUUCCAGACACUGCAAAGAAAAAGAUUCAAGGGUUUUCUGGACUAAGAAUUGUUCAUUUGGAUUUAAAAGGUGCACCACCUAAAAUGGAAUAUUUGUUGCAGAUGUUACCUUUUUUGAAAGAUAUGGGUGCGAAUGGUCUUCUCUUGGAAUAUGAAGAUAUGUUUCCAUACCGCGGUAUGAUUCGUGCACUGUCAUCACCAAAUACUUACAGUUAUGAAGAUAUUGCUUCGUUGUUGAAAUUAGCAAAGAAAUUAAAUUUGGAAAUCAUACCGUUAGUUCAGACGCUUGGACAUUUCGAGUUUGUUUUGAAGCACGACCAGUUCCGCCAUUUACGAGAAACUGAACAAUAUCCGAACAUGCCAUGCCCUUUACAUGAGAAAACAAAACAAAUCGUGUUCAAAAUGAUAAAUCAGGUAUUGGAGCUACACCCAGAUAUUCGAAGAAUACAUUUGGGAGGAGAUGAGGUUUUUAAUUUAAAGGACUGUGAAAAAUGCAAGUCAAGCAAAAAAACGAAAGAACAUUUGUUUUUACAUCAUAUGAUUCCUAUACUGAAGCAUGUACGAGGUAAAACUCGCUCGAAAGUGAAACCAAUCAUUUGGGAUGACAUGCUGAGGAAAUGGACUGUGGACGAUAUGAAACAAUUUCGUGGUCUAGCAGACAUUAUGGUUUGGGGUUACGUGCCUGAGUUGGACAACUAUUCCUUAUUUCCUGAAGACAUGUGGAUAAAAUACGCGGAAGCCUUCGACAAAAUUUGGGUGGCAAGCUCAUAUAAAGGUGCGCUUGCAGCCAACAAUAACUUAGUUCCUAUAACAAUGCAUAUAAAAAAUCAUGAAUCGUGGCUUCGCAUCAUUAAAAAAAUAAAGAACAAAGUCACAGGUGUUGCUUUAACAGGUUGGGCCAGAUAUGAUCAUUUUGCUGCUCUCUGUGAGCUUCUACCAGCUGCUAUCCCAACGUUGGCGUUGUCUUUGUCAGUUCUUCGUGAAGGGUCCUUUAAAAAACGUGGUAAAGAUUUCGUCGAAGUUAUGCUAGGUUUUAAAAAUCCGAUUAUUAUAGAAAAAGAUAUAUUUGGAAGUUGGGAUACGUCGAUUCCUAACUACCCAGGAGGAGAUGUCUACUCCCUUGUUGCCGAGUAUGAAAAUCAUGUGAAUUGGUACACCAGCACUAAAACAAGGUUGGAUAGUUGGGGAAAUGAACGUCAAGUGGAAGAAAAACUUAUUAGCAUUUUACAGAUUAAUGGAGUAGCAGAUUCUUUGAAGCAGCUGCUUCCAUCGUUUAAAAAUUUCCGAUCAAAGUGCGAAACAGUGUUGAAGAAAUACUUUUUCGAAGACACAGUGAACGAAUGGAUACGAGACAAGGUGGACACGCAUAUAGCUUUAUCUGAAGAAUUAGUGGAUAAACUAAAUUCUGUUUUAGUCAAACUGAAAAUGAAAAUUGAGUUGUAGACUUUUUUUUUUAAAUAUUAGUUGCACAAUAAUUUAUAAACUUGUU